AACAGCAGGGCCUAAGCUCGAGCAACAUGGUGUGUUGUUCUCUUUGACCAAAGCUCUAGAGUAGACUGCACUUCAACUACACUCCUCUCAAGAAUUAUUUUUGUGUUUUCUCGUGAGAUGAAUAUGUCGACGCGAAAAGGAGUUUGGUCUUGUUACCUCCUACUCAGUGUGGCACAGUUUUCCAGCGUAAAAAUGUCAGCAAGCUCAGUCAUGUUGCGAACAAUCUAAGAAUACUGAAGAAACACCACAAGAUUGCCCUUCUUCGCGUCUCGUCAUCGCGCCGAGGAGCUACUUGCCGUGCGACUAGGACGUCUAUAAACUUCGACUCACGAGGACGAGGAUCACGUCGAGGACGAUGAGCAGCCCCUCCGUCGCACCUUCCGGUGGGCAAGCAACGGGAGUUGUCCCUCCGCCACUUGCUACACCCCCAAUUUUGACACCUGGGCACCAAACUGAAACAAAAUCCUCGGCGGAGAUGCGGUCUACUUCAGAGGAAGCGGCCACCCGGAACAUCAGUGCUACCAGUUCCGUAUGGAUUGCAAAUAUGUCUGGGUGCGGACGAGCGGAACUUGUCAUGCUGGCCUUACAUUCCUGCGAAGUCUGUACUGCAUGACCGACAAAGGUCGUAGUCUCUUUUGUAAAUACAAAAAGGCAGUUUCUCAUGCGGAGUGCGUAUGAGAAAGUGUUUUGCCAAAUUGUCAUGCUUUCCUGCAUGAGAAAAUGUUUUCAUCAUGCACAUUUUAGCAUUACAACUUUCCAGACCGAGACAUUUUUGCAUUUGAUAUUCCGCCCACACGAACGUACCGAGAAGGAAGUCAUCCAAGAAACUUCCGUCUCCCCAGGUGCAAAUGGCGCAGGCACGGAACUACGACACGCUCGCAAAAAUUUUCGGCGAGAACGAGUAUACUGGAUAGAUUAGAAGUGAUUUUUGUUUGUCUUGCUUACACUUUGUUGAGAGUAUGAAGAUUAUGAUAAUCAUACCCGUAUAGCCCCUAUUUUUAUUUUACAGCUGCUGAAAGCAGCACUACAUUGCUUUUCAUCUAAAAAUGUGCCCCAAUUGUUGCGUUUUUGCCACACGAAAAAUAUAUCACAGCUUGCCACCUCCCCGCGACACGCUGCUCGACUCCCCGUUACACGCGGAGCUACUGGGCUCCCCAAAGUCCGCAAAUCGAGUAGAUCGCGUCACGCCGCUCGCGGCGCAUCACCACCAGCACCAGCUCGGGGCGCAGCAACAGCAGCAUGUAGGAGGUGCAGCACCAGCUUUAUUUGGAACAACAACCGCCACCACCCCUGGAUCUGGACCCUCGGCAGUUGGGUCGUCCUUGCCACCGAAAUUGCCGCAGAACAGCACCGCGGCAGGAGGCAGUGUAUCAACAGCAUCAGGUGGACCUCCACACAGUGCAGGACAACACUGCAGUACCAGCCCCGGCACACCGACGACCACGAGGACAGCGGAGCCCCUAAAUGCGGCUAGUACCACGGGUUCAACGAUGACCACUUCAACAGGGUUACAAGUGGUUCCAUCGCAACUGCAGCAAGUUGCUCAAGGAGGUGGAACGACGAGCACUACAACCACGGGGGAAACCCACAGAGCUGAUGGAACUACUGCAGCACUACCUGGUGGUGCAGCAGCAGCAGCAGCUUCAGCAAUACCACAACAUUCAUCCCAGAUAAUCAUGAAACAAGACGAGCAGCCGGUGCCAUCCUCACCCCUGAACAGCAUGCAAGCCAGGUCGUCGGGGGGUGGCGCUGGCUCCCCCAAACCGCAAAAUUUGAGUAUUCAAACGGAAGACCAAACUUCGCUAUCAACUGUAAAAAUGUCUGCUGGGUCUGGAAGAUUCUGGCAGUUGUCAUGCACGUUUUGCAUGAGCGUGACGGUGAGCCAUGAUGUCUGUGAUGCACACCCUAGCAAUACAGAUUUUUGGAGGGCUUCUUGAUACCUAUUCCGCAUGACAAGUGCCUUCUCAGCGUAGCAAAAAUUGCAUUCCCUUUGGUACUCAUGCAAUACAGACUUUUUUGGAAUUCAAAUGCAGCAUCACAAGUUGCAUUCUUCAAGACCCAGACAUUUUUGCACUUGGUAUUCGCAGUCUGAAGACGACUCUGACGAGGAAACCGAAACGGCCGUGGCCCGCUCGCGGCUGAAAACCGACUGGAUUCAACUGGAAUCCGACGUGUGUCGUCACUUCGACUCCGCGCGGCUGGGGGCGAAAUUGUUUUUGCUCCUGCUGUUGCGGAAAAUUCGGGACUUUCACCGGAAAAAAAUCCGGUAUCGGGAACUAGAGGAAGCAAUGAGCUUGUUGUACCGAGCAUUGGAUGAAGAAAGCCAGCUACUCGCGGCGAUGUACCAUAACUGUAGCGCGCCAGCACCAGCAAUUGAGCACCAGCAGUCCGUUGCAACAACCAGCCCAAGCCGCAGCCUCGGUGGUUUCGGACAGCAUAUGAGAAGCUCGGUUAAUAGCAGUGCGACCGCGUCGACAACCGCGUCAACGGCUUUAGGAGCAGGCGGAUCAUCUUCGAGUAACAAUAAACACGUAGCUAAGCCACCUCCGACGGAGAAACAGCACGAAAUUGCGGUGAUUCUCUUCGCACUGUCAAAUUUGCAGGAACACACGCUGCAGUGGAAACAGACGGUAAUGGAGGCGUACGCGAAUUCGAGUGCGUUAAACCGGAAGAUUUCUUUCAAGGACUUGGCGCAUUUCCUGGACGAGUCCAUAGCGGUCUUGGAAGCGCUGUAUUGGAAGAAAAAGGCGUUGAUGUGAUGGUAGUAGUACUCCAGAGCGGCUGCAUGAUGAUUUGCGGUUCUGUUGUACUGGCGGAGGUGUAGUUCUUCGACUUGUUGGUCACUGAAUACGAUAACAUUUUUUCAACAAAAAAAACAGUAUAUUUGUCGCGUGGCUACACGAGUUGUUCGCGCACAUACUUAUGCAU